GAAAGCGUCGGUAUACAGUUCGCGCUUUACACGCGCACCCUUAAGUUCUUGCGAAAGCUGUGUAGCCGGUGAAUGACGAUUUCCGCGUAAUAGACGCCCUUUAUUCGCGAAGUUCUGGAGGAAGCUUUCGAAGCGAAAGUUGUGAUUACGAAAUUGUAUUUUUCGUUAUGUUUUCCGUCGGUGGUUAGAAGAUGGAAAUUUGGAUUGUGAUCGCGGCGAGUAAAAUUCCUGUAUCGACCCUUCAAAUGCAGACCAGCGACGUUUCUUUAAGCGGCAGGCCGGAGGAGGAGAUUGCAAAAUGUUGCGUGAAGUAGUUCGGAAACAUGACAACAUUCGCCAACACGUUUCCAUUGUUCCUGUUGCUGUUUCACCUGACUCAGGCUGUUCACACAGGAAAAGGUAUACCGGAAAUCAACGUUGUCGUACCCCCUUCGCAUAUUGCGCUAAGUGGAGAUCUUAAUAUAAGCAUCGGAUCGUCGUCAUUCUUGCCUCUGGUCGUUCAGUUGUCGAGACUUGAGGGGAAUAAAGCUCAGCCCUUGACGACAUUUCCCGUUUAUCCCGAAGCCGGCGCGCUGAAGAGAAACUUAACGGUGGCUAAAAUACAAUGUGGAUACUUCUCCAAGGGCGGCCAGUAUUAUAUUCAGAUCAAGAGGCAACCUAUAUUGGGAAAAAACUCGACGUCGGACUGGUCUGAUUCGGACGUAAUCGUCCGCAGUCUGGAUGUCCGGUGGCCGAUGCCCCAGCUCUCCCUCACCCCCGAACACGUCCAGACUUAUCCAGAGAGUCCGGUGACGGCCAUAUUGACAUUCCCCGAAGUAGUAUGCCCUCCGGUCGUGGGAACCGCGCCGUCUGCCAUACCGGAAUUUUGGCUAGAGCUCCAUUACUGUGGGCAUUCCCUGCUUACCUGUGAUAAUACCGUGGAUUCCGAGCGGGCCGCCAACAAAACCGACCAUCAGGUGUUGUACUCUGAACAAGUACGCGGAUUGCCUGGACGGAGCGUAUUCAUUUUGAGAUGCGAGCUAUUCGGCAGAGCUGGCCACUACGCCCUGAUGCUGAGACCCACGAACCUGGACCCGGUCCUGCCUCGCACAGCGGCUUACGUGAAGGCGGAAUGGAGCGAGCAGUUUGUCUUCAAUGUUCACGCCCGUUCCAUAUUCCCGUGCGAUCCCCACGGCAAUGGGAUCACAGUUCUCUUUCAAUACCCAUCGUGUAUACUGGCGAUAGGUGAUCGCGUCCGAAUCUACGGCCGAUUGAGGGCGAAUGUUGCCUCUCUGUCGCCACCCACAACCCUGGAAUACAUCACCGAACAGAAGAUUAAUAGGGGCCAGCACAGUUUGCAUUUCGACUGCGAAAUCUUCACCGAACACUACGUCGAGUACUGCUUUGUCUACGUGAGUCAGUCGAUUAGCGGAGCUGUAGAUGAUGUCCGGAUUGAUUGUGUACCUACGUUGCCCGUUACAGACCAGGAGAGCGGUGGUUGGGGACGGUGGAGUGAAUGGACGGCGUGUUCGAGCACCUGCAUUGGAGGAAUCCGAACCCGGUACAGGUUCUGCGAUUCACCACCUCCACGAUACGGGGCAAAAUUCUGCGAGGGUGAUGCCGUGGAAACGGAAAAAUGCGGGGUAGGGCUCGGCUCCGGUUGGGAAUGUUUUUACAGCGGCACCGUAUCCGGAAACGACGUCAUGGCGGCACAAAUGCGCGAAGUAACCGAGGAGGUGUCUCCGUAUUGCAGAUGUGGAUGCGUCGUUCACUUGGGGGAGGCCAAACGCAGAAGAUUUCUGACCGUGUCUUCGCAGAGCUGUCCGGGGAGGACGUUUUGGUUAAUAGAGGCCGACCACGACUCUAUCAUCCAGUUUCGCGUCGAGCAGUUUUAUUUACCUUGCGGCAAUCAGUGGUUGAAAAUAAGAGACGGCAGGUCCCUAUCGGCAAACCUUUUGGCAGACCUCACAGGUGAACCUGGAUCCACACCGUCAGUUAUAAACUCUACGGGGCCGGAUUUGCUCCUCGACUUUUACACGGACGAAGUCACCAUCGGAGGACAGUUGUGCGCUGGUGGAUUCUUAGCGGAAUCGACCCAACUUAAAAAUGACAAGUAUAACAUCACACUGAUCCCAGUCGCUCAGAGCGUCGGGGUUAUACCGGCGGUGGUUUUGAAACUGACGGCCGUUCAUAUAGCCGCAAUAUUUUUCUUGAGUGGUCUCAUCCUCGCCACGGUUUCGCUGGGAACGCAAUAUCUGUUUCGCUACAGGAAAUAUCACAUCGCGCAAGCUGAAGACCAAGAGUCACUAGGUGCUUCCAGCGCGAGUAUACCCCUGACCGCUCGCGCCCAAUCGAAUGCGACCCUCCUAUCCGAGGUGAUAUCGCUGACUAAACUAAGACCUCUGAACAUCAAAGUUGGGACAAGUAAGCACGUGCGCCUCAGAGAGUCGAUGGAUUGCGAUCGGGACCAAGAGGAAGUAACAUUGGCAAAAGAGGAGGAUUCUCUGAGCGCGAGUACUGCCACCCUGACCGCCCAAAACGACACUACAGCAACAACGGCACCGAAUUUGGCGGUUUCGGAGGCGGAUGACGUCACCCCCACGGUCAGCUUGCCUACUUCGCCCCAUCUGAUCGAAUGUUAUCGAUCUAUAAGACGAUCUUCAACCUCAGCGAGUGAAAAAGAUCGAUCUACCGAAAAGGGCGGUCCGCCCAAAGGGCUGCCGAAGGCCGUGUUCAGAAGAGUAGGCGACGUAACCUUAACAAACGUGAGCGAUGAUCUGUGCGGGACGCUGUGCUCUAAGAGUGAUCCGGGUUGCUAUUCCUCGGCGUCGAGUAUGGUGAGUACGGCGACUAUCAGAAGCACCAACGCAAAAGCCACCAAAGACAAACGCAAUCGGGAGAAACUGCUGGCUGGCCCGACCGGAUCGGAAUUUUCCAUAGCUGGGCAAGACACCGAUCUAGAAUUCGAUUAUUACGAUUACAACGUCGUCAACGCUGGCGCAGCUCCCGGAUCAUAUCUGGGAAUGGAUCCGGCUUUCUUGGUUUGGAUCCCGCCGCUGGACGAGUCUGGCGAGAUUCUUCCUCCCGAGGACCAAGAAUACCACGAGCUCGAAGACAUCGCGCCGAAGGUUUACAUCGAUCCUGGUAGUAACAAGGAGUCGCCGGAAGAAGAGUCGUUACUUCCCAAAUCUAGAACUGUUAACGAGGCGAAAACCAAAGUGGUAUACCCUUUGGUGCAUGGUACCAAGAGAAACCGCGAGGUGAUCGACAACAGAUACUUGAACGAGGCGGAGCCUUUGGUGAACAACAAGAUCGUCGAGAUACAGCUGCACGAGUUUCCGAAAAAAUUGCGGACGCAGAAAUUGUCCAAGAUGGACAUGGAGAAGGAGACGGAGGUGCAAAAAUCACCGAGCAUUGACGAGGAUGAAAUUCGAUUUGCAGACGACGACGACGAGGACGACUUAGACUUGAACGAAAUGCAGUGCAAUAAUGAAAACGUGUCAUAUCAAGAUUCAAAUGUUUUAUCUUCCAGUUAAGACUGAUUUUUGUUGCUUGGGGUAAUCGCUUGGAAUGAAGCGGGAUGCAUUUGAUAAUUCUAUAGUGAAAAGUAUCGCCGCAAGGCCCGUGUGAAAUUGAACCAUCCCAAUAUAGUCUCUCCAGAGUUAAAAAAGAGUAAAGAAGAUAUAAUUGCGCUGCCGAAUAAUGUUGCCAUUAAUAAUCCCUAAGUGGCUGGUUAUUUUUUGUGUGGUAAGAAUAAUGAGUCGGUAUCGUUUGCAAUAAGGAAUCUGUUAAAUUAACAAUAUCUUAUAGCUCUUUUAUAGAAAUGAGGUGACUAUAAAGCUUUAGAAUUUGUUUAAUUGCCCACCAAACAUCAUUAUCGUAGGAUCCGAUGUAUUUCUGCAAUCAAUAUUUGGUUGGUUUAGUAGAACUUUACAAUACCAGACAAAACAGUAAUUUAUUAUUCCUCAUAAUAACAUAGCAUAAAAAAGUAUUAACAUUAAUAAUUUGUUUGAAUUUUUUAUUGAGACUUACUAAAUGUCUUCAAUAUUACAUCUCUUGGAAAAUAUUUGAAUUUGGUUGAUUAACCAAGAAGCACCAUAAUAUGUUUCUGUGACAUACAUAACACUUGAAUUUGAUACUUAAUCAUAAAAAUUAUCAAAUUCCAACUGAGCAACCAAAUUGCAGUUUUCUGGGUAAUUUUCCAUGUUAGUUGAAUUAAUAAACAUAUUCACGUUUUAACUUCCUUAAAUAGAAACAAAAUCUUAUUUUUGAACGAAAAUAUAUGAAAAAUACUGUAACCAAAAUCGUAUCAUCAUGGUAACAAUGAACAUUCGAAUUGAAAGCAAAAAAAUACUACUAGAGCUGAAUUAUUUUAGUUUUAAAAUAGCGCUCAUUGUGUGCAAUAGUGAUAGAUUUGCGAAAAUAAAAACUGACACAUAGAGGUGACUCAUAUCAAGUUUCCGACUUAUUACAAAAUUCAUAGUGUUAUGUCUUUAUAAUUGCCUAUUGAUUUCUAUUAUUCUCUUUUCAAAACAAAAAGUAAUUAACUAAAAAUCGCUAUUUUUUGAUAUGCGCCAUUAUUGCACUCAGUGAGCGAUAUGUGUUUUUUAUUAAAUCUCUUUUCAUUAUAUUAACAUUAUUCUGUAAUCGUGGACCACUAGGAUAUCAAAAACGGCCAGAGAUUCAGAAUAUAAAGGUCGAGUCGUUAUAAACCGUGUGCGAGAUCUUAAUAUAGCAUCUAAAUAUGGUACAGCACUGCAUAUAAUAAUAAUAAUAUAAGUAAUAAAUAAAUUAUAAAUAAUUAUCCGCAAAAAGGGACUAAAGGCAAUUCAGAACUGGUCAAAGUUCAGCCCCAAAAUUGUGUAUAAUCGGAAAAACAAGAAAAGAUGUCCGCAAAAUUAUAUGUCUAGAAAUAAAAGCUAAGUUUAAUUAUACUAAGAUUAGAUUUUGAAUGAACAAGGGAAGUGAUAGAGAAAAAGAAAAUAUAAAACACAACUUCAGAAUUUAUUUUAUAAUUUAUGGAUAGCGCUAUAUUAGCGGCCGUGGUUAAACGUUUCAAGGUAGAGUUCUCCAAACAAUAUAACGUUUUUACGGCAUAAUCCGGUAUUUAACUUUGGUAAAUUUUUAUGAAGAUCUAACAGCAGGCCUACCUCACUUGAGUAACCCUCAAUCAAUAGAUUCGCAAUUCCACAAUAACAUUCCAGAACCGUACUUCGAUACUUCGUGUAUGCAAAUGGUGAAAGCUCACGGAUUUGUGUAGAGCUUCAUAGGUCAGAUUCCGCGAUUAUCAUUAGUCCAUGCAGUGAAAAAUCCGUUCUUACUACAAAAGGUUUAUUAUGAAUAUGAAUGACGUAGUAAAUUUAACUAUAAAAGAAUGUUGGAAUAUUUAUUAAAAAAAAAAGUUAUUCUUCAUCAAAACUUAAAAACAGAUAUUUUUCUAAUUCACUUCUAAUUAAAUCUAUUGCUCCAAAACUAAAUUUGGGCGAAGUGUUGUUUCUUCUUGAACUGGGUUUCAGCUCUCCCCCGUAUCAGUUCCAUCGAAUUAACAAUUAACAAUUAACGGACAACUUUGAAUUCCCGCUCCAUGGCUGUCGUGGUACUCAACCUUUACUUCUUUGACAUCUUAUGCAGAAAGGCACAAAGCGUUGUCUACCCAACCAGCUUCAGAACCUGCACAUAGUAUGAUAAUUCGUUUGCCCCUCGAAAAUUUGUUGCUGUUACCGUUAGUUGAUACUUUCUUGACUGUAUCGUGGCUACCAAACCAGGUCUCAUCUAAAUAUAUGAUGAGGACAUUCUUAGCACCAUUUUCUUGAAUUUCUCUCAAAUCUCUUGUCAUCCACUCCGAAAUUCUUCUGUUUUGUAAUAAAAACCAAUUCUUCUUGCAAACGUAGUCAAAGUCUGUCGGCAACAGUCAAUGCUCAAAACACUACGCAACUCUUCAUGUAAAAUUUUAAUUGUUAAAGCGAUCUUCUUUUGAUAUGCAUCAUAUAUCAACCGUCUCACUAUCCCGGCAUGGUGCAUGUCAAGUAGACUUUUUGGGACUCCACGAUCUUUCCGCAUUUUACUUUCUUGGACACCAUUCACAACUAUGUCACAUAAUGUGGCAUACGGUGUUUUAGUCAUCUCGGACUUUAAUUUUAUGGCUCCACCUUCCUCGAAUAUCGAUUCCAGAAACACAAACAUUUAAAAUUGUAAUUUUAGCAGCAAUCGGAAAAUGUGUUCUAGUCUUUGAUCCAUUUCGAUUAUUACGUCAUCGAACACAAUCUCAACUUCUUCGUCGCUGGACAUCGCAUGUGACUAACAAAAUUGAAUAAUGUUGGUAUUUGGUAAGAAACUAAUUGUAGUAAAAUGUAUAUGGUACCUCAAUAAAAGUGGCACACUGAGUCUUGAAAAAGAAUUGAAUUGAAUUGAACAGUAACAAAUUACAGGCACAAGACGGAACAGAAAUAACUACAAAGCUUCGACGGCUAAUAAAAUACAUAAAACUGACGGUAUACUCCGAUUACACCAAUCUCCACAAAUCAACCAAUAACAAAUUGGGAAAACGUCCAUUAUACAUCAAUUAUCUAUAUAAGAUUUUGUAUUACUUUCCUAGGAAAAUAUUUUAGAGCAAUUAUGUUAAACCAUUAAAUUGGAUAUCUAAAGUGUUUUUAAUAUGGGAGAUCCACUUAUUUAAUGGCAAACUGAACUUGAAAAUGAGCCACCUCAUAUAGAGUCUGUUUAGGAAGACUUGCAAAAAGCACACUAAUAUGAGUUAAUAUAACAGUUUAAUGAAAGAAAAUUUCCCUUCCCUGAAAAUAUAGCGUUACGAACGGCACAGUUCUUUUUCGGCUAACAUCUUAAAUACGGCCCUGGCUUGUGGUACACGUGCUGAAGAGAAUGGUCCCUUUACAACAGGAGUGUCUUAAACUCAAAACCAUAAAAAGUUGAAAAACGGUAUAUCGUUUGAAGAACUCUAAUAAAUCACUUUUCGACAUUUAGACUUCCGAUUUCGACAAAAUUGCGAUCGAGUUGGGCCAAAACUCUAGGUACUUGAUUUAUAGCGGUGCAUCCCGCCGAUGUCGGGCAAUAUUUUGCCGGAAAAAAUUGUUGGGCUACACAGUAGGUAUCCUGUUGGCCAUAAAUAAACAAACACGAUCAAAAAAAUAACUCAGGAUUGUGGAUACUUUCUAGUAUGUAAGCGUAAUAUGAAUGAGACUGAAUGUUGGUUACAUUUUAAGAUACUAGUCACUAUUUCUAGUCACCGCUUGUGGGAAGAGUACUAUAUUUGUGAAUAAAUUAACUAAGGUUUAGAUUAGAUGUUAGAUGCCUACUCUGUUGUUUUAAAAUUUAUAUUUUCGAGGAUUAGAAAUUGUUCGUCAAAGAUGUAUCAUUACUAUUUUUCGGUAACUGUAUAGAGCUGCGAACAUUUCGACAGCAAACGGCACCAAUUUUGAUUUUAAUAAUUAAAUAUUUACGUUUUAAAUACUAUAAAGUACUGUCAUAAGAAAUCGCUCACUUAAUUUGUUCGUGCCAAAUAAGAAAGGCAAGCGGCUGUAUGACAUUCCCAAGAAAAGAUGUGGGAUAUAGACCCGAUUGCCUCCCUUAUUAAUUGGCCGCUCUGUAUAGUGCCCAACUUCUGUCGUGCUUUGAAUUAAAAGAAGUAAUAUUUGCUGUACGUUACAUAUGCUAGUAAGCUUCAGAUUAGUUGGCUUACGCAAAUUGUUUCAUGUUUUCUGUGCCCGUUGCGUUCUAGAGAGGACAAAUAGAGAUUUUAAUAAACAAAUUGGUUUUUAUAAGGAAGAUUUGAUUUUUACAUGCCCUCUUUAGAUGCUCGUUUAUAACGGAACGUACGAAACGGGAACCUUUUUGUUGAAGAUGUUUAAGGAGGAAUAAAUUUAAU